UUAAUGCCUAAGGUAUAUUAUAGGUUUUCUGUCCAUCUGGAUGAUAGUUCUUUUGUCUAGUUGGUUUUCCUGUGUGGGUGAUUAGACCAUUGUGAGUGGUUACAGAUUUCAUCUAGGAGACACUGCAUUGUUCUGGAGCUUGAUAAAAUCAGCACAAGGUUAACCACAAAUGGGAACAUCAGGAGGAGGCCACUUCAUCAUCUAUAGGAAAUCCCUUUUCAAUUUGGAUUCUACAGCGGAUCUCUUUGAGGGUGUUGAACACUUUGCAAGCAGUGUUGAGUAAGGGGGAGACUAAGAAGGAUACCUGCAUGAAGACUGAACUGCUGAAAGAUAUCACAAACAAUAAAGAAGAAGGGGGUAAUGACAUGGCUGCUGAUGAAAGUUCAACAGAAAAGCAAGGAGGGGAGCCUCAGAUGGCAGCAGAUGGUGAAACAAAUGGUUCUUGUGAAAGAAAUGAAGCCAAUAGUCAUCCCAAUCCAGCUAAACACACUCAGGACAAUACAAAAGCCAGCCCACAGGAGCCUGCUAAGUUAAGAAUAGCUGAAAACGGAAUUUCUGAGAGAGAUAGUGACUUUGGGAAACAAAAUCAUGUGAAAGCUAGUGAUUUCACUCAGACUUCUCUCACAGGAAGUAAUGGCUAUAUCUUAACCAAACCGACAUUACCAGAACAACCCAUAAGGACUACCAGCACCUUGGCUUCUUCUCUUCCAGGCCAUGCUGCAAAAACACUUCCUGGAGGACCCAGCAAGGGAAGAACUCUAAGCUCAUUUCCUCACGCUCAGGCUGCAAUGCCCACCAAGCUUGGUGAGGGGAGUAAAGAUCUAGAUCAUAAGAAACCCACCACUACAAAUCCUGAUGUCAAAGUCCAUAGAGCACGGAAGACUAUGCCUAAGUCCAUUCCCAGCCUGCAUGCAGCCAGUAAGGACCCCAGAGAAGUUCGAGAUUCUAGAGAUCAUAAAGAAUCAAAGGAGGAAAGCAACAAAAAUGUUACGGAGUUUGGAAAACAGCAGCUUUUGCCCCCUCUCUCAUCCCUUCAUCAGUCGCUACCUCAGAACCAAUGCUACAUGACCACCACAAAGUCACAGACAGCUUGCUUGCCUUUUGUUUUAGCAGCUGCAGUAUCUCGGAAGAAAAAACGGAGAAUGGGAACCUACAGCCUGGUUCCUAAGAAAAAGACCAAAGUUUUAAAGCAGAGGACGGUGAUUGAGAUGUUUAAGAGCAUAGCUCAUUCCACUGUGGGCACCAAGAGUGAGAAGGAUGUAGGUGACAGUAGCCUUCAUGUAAAUGGAGAGAGCUUGGAGAUUGACUCAGAAGAGGAUGACUCUGAUGAUUUGGAAGAGGAUGAAGAUCAUGGAUCUGAGCAAGCCUCUGCAUUUCCUGUAGAUGACAAUAGGAUUUCUAAUGAGGGCAUAUCUGAAAUUGAUCGGGCCCAAAAGAUGGAAGAUGGGGAGUCUGAAGAGGAGCAAGAAUCUGGAGAAUCUGGGGAGGAAGAAGAAGAUGGGGAUGAAUCUGAUUUGAGUUCAGAAUCUAGCAUUAAGAAGAAGCUUCUAAAACGGAAAGGAAAGAUAGACAGCCCAUGGAUUAAACCAACCAGGAAAAGGAGGAGGAGAAAUAAAAAGAAACAAAGCAGUGUCUUAGGUACUGAAACAUACAAGUCAUCUUUGGGAAGCACAGGACAAGCUGGGCAGGAAAAUAGUAUGGACUAUAUGGAGGUUUCUCUGGAUUCUCUGGAUCUCCGAGUAAAGGGAAUUUUAUCUUCACAAUCAGAAGUUCUAUCCAAUGGCCCUGAAGCAGUGGAAAUCGACGGCCUUCAGGAAGUGCCUCUCUGUAGCUGCCGAAUGGAAACUCCAAAAAGUCGUGAGAUUACCACAUUAGCCAACAAUCAGUGUAUGGCCACUGAAAGUAUAGACAAUGAGUUGGGAAGAUGCACAAACAAUGUGGUUAAAUAUGAGUUGAUGCGUCCAUCAAAUAAUGUCCAGCUCUUGGUGCUAUGUGAGGACCAUAGAGGGAAAAUGGUGAAACAUCAGUGCUGCCCUGGUUGUGGGUACUUCUGCACAGCUGGCAAUUUUAUGGAAUGUCAACCUGAAAGUAGCAUAUCUCAUCGUUUUCAUAAGGAUUGUGCCUCCUUUGUCAAUAAUACAAGCUAUUGCCCUCAUUGUGGGGAAGAGACCUCAAAAGCAAAAGAGGUCACCAUAGCCAAAGCAGACACUACUUCCACAGUGUCGCUUACUUAUGUCCAAGAAAAACCAGUCACUGUAGAGGGAAGGGCUGACACUACAACAGGUAGCAGUGGAGUUGGAACACAUUUGUCUGAGGAGGAAAAGCCAGAGAGUUCAACUCCUCAAGUUCCUGAAUCAGGCUUCGAAUUGUCUGGGUCGUCAGUUUUUGUUAAGCCUACUACAGGACUUUCACAAGGACCAGUAAAAGAAACCUUGGAAAGUGCUUUGAUUGCUUUGGAUUCAGAAAAACCGAAGAAGUUACGUUUCCACCCAAAGCAGUUAUAUUUUUCUGCCCGACAAGGAGAACUGCAAAAAGUGCUCCUUAUGUUAGUUGAUGGGAUUGAUCCAAACUUUAAAAUGGAACACCAGAAUAAAAGAACUCCACUUCAUGCAGCUGCAGAGUCUGGCCAUGUGGACAUCUGUCAUAUGUUGAUUCAGGCUGGUGCUAAUAUUGACACCUGUUCAGAAGAUCAGAGAACCCCACUGAUGGAGGCAUCGGAAAACAACCAUUUGGAUGCUGUAAAAUACCUCAUCAAGGCUGGAGCAUUAGUAGAUCCUAAGGAUGCAGAGGGCUCCACAUGCUUGCACCUAGCUGCCAAGAAAGGCCACUAUGAUGUGGUUCAGUAUUUGCUCUCAAAUGGACAGAUGGAUGUCAAUUGCCAGGAUGAUGGUGGUUGGACACCAAUGAUUUGGGCCACUGAAUAUAAACAUAUUGAUCUCGUGAAGCUCUUGCUAGCUAAAGGAUCAGACAUCAACAUACGAGACAAUGAAGAAAAUAUUUGUUUGCAUUGGGCAGCUUUCUCAGGCUGUGUUGAAAUAGCAGAGAUAUUGUUGGCUGCCAAGUGUGAUUUACAUGCAGUAAACAUUCAUGGAGACUCACCCUUGCACAUUGCAGCCAGGGAAAACCGCUAUGAUUGUGUAGUCCUCUUUCUCUCUCGUGGUUCUGAUGUCACCCUAAAGAACAAGGAGGGAGAAACACCAAUCCAGUGUUCCAGUCUCAACUCUCAGGUCUGGGGGGCUCUUCAAAUGAAUAAGACUCUCCAAGAAUCUUCCAAUGAGAAACCUGCCCAAAUAGAAAGGACAAUGAGUAGAGACAUUGCUCGAGGCUAUGAACGAAUUCCCAUUCCUUGUGUCAAUGCUGUGGACAAUGAGCCAUGCCCUAGUAACUACAAGUAUGUUUCCCAGAAUUGUGUGACAUCCCCUAUGAACAUUGAUAGAAACAUUACACAUUUGCAGUACUGUGUGUGCAUAGAUGAUUGCUCUUCCAGCAACUGCAUGUGUGGCCAGCUCAGUAUGCGGUGUUGGUACGACAAGGAUGGUCGACUCUUGCCUGAAUUCAACAUGGCAGAACCUCCUUUGAUCUUUGAGUGCAAUCAUGCUUGUUCUUGUUGGAGAAAUUGCCGAAAUAGGGUUGUUCAAAAUGGGCUCAGGGCUCGGUUACAACUUUAUCGGACACAAAAUAUGGGUUGGGGUGUACGGUCCAUGCAAGACAUUCCACUGGGAACCUUUGUUUGCGAAUAUGUUGGAGAGCUGAUUUCUGAUUCAGAAGCUGAUGUCAGAGAAGAGGAUUCCUAUCUCUUUGAUCUGGACAACAAGGAUGGAGAAGUUUACUGCAUAGAUGCCCGUUUCUAUGGCAAUAUCAGCCGUUUUAUUAACCAUCUCUGUGAGCCCAACCUCAUUCCUGUGCGUGUCUUCAUGUCACAUCAAGAUUUGCGCUUCCCUCGGAUUGCCUUCUUCAGUACUCGGCAGAUAGAAGCAGGAGAAGAACUAGGGUUCGACUAUGGAGACAGAUUCUGGGACAUCAAAGGCAAGUUUUUUAGCUGUCAAUGUGGAUCCCCCAAGUGCAAACACUCCAGUGCAGCCCUGGCCCAGCGUCAGGCCAGCUCUUCCCAGGAUACCCAAGAGAACGGGCUCCCUGAUACUAGCUCAGCUGCAGCUGCUGACCCUUUUUGAGACCCUGAUCAUCAAAACUGACAUUGUUUCAACUCUCUAGAUUUAAAUAUUGUUUAAAUUUCCAUUUAAAGAGGACAAGAAAUCUACAAAUGAAGUCCAAGAGGUCAUAAGAUUUAGGGGCUGUGCCACCGACUGUUACUUGAGGAAUUAUGAAAUAACAUGCUGAAUACUUUUUUGUUUCCGGUAAGUUCCCAGUUCAGUAGCCUGGGGCUAGGGGGGCGGGGGUGGGGAGAGAUGGGAUGACCCAUUUCACUAGAGAAAAUGUCAGAAACACCAUUGAUGGGUGUAAUAACGGUGUUGUCAGAGGCAAGGGAGGGGCUCCCAGCCAUCUUAUAAUGGCAUUACUAGUUAGAAAAGGCCAUUCAGUCAAGCAAUGUCUCAGACCCUGACAGUGAACUUUGAAGUACUUGACAUCACUCUUCCUAAAGUUUCCAGAAUUGAUUUACUUGGCACAGGCCUUCUGAGUUUCUGAUGGUGGUUUUUGAGCAUUUUUAAGUUUAAUUUCUUCCUCUGGAUCUGGUGAUUCCCAGUGAUGCUGUUGAGAUCAUUUUGGGCAGUGCACACUCUUCUAAACGAAAUCUGUUAGUCAUCAAACUCACCUUUCUGGAGUCCUUUUCUUUCUCGAAGCCCUAUUUUGUGCCAGCCUGCCAAAGCCACCAUCAUUUCUACAAGCUGUCUCCGUUAAGAGUCUGGCCUCCUUUGAGGCCUCCUCGGCAUGUUACUGGUUCAGUGUUUGUUUCCACGGGUGACACAUUACAGAAGGAUUUGUCUCUUCUUUCACAUUAACAGUCUUAGGGAGGAAGUUUUAAUGGGAUUGUACAAGACACUAACUUGGAAAAAUCGGUUUGCUUUUUAAGAAAUAUAUAUAUAGACAGACACAUAUAUCAAACCUCUGACUGGCAUUUCUUUGAGAGGCUAUUGAGCUCAGUAAGAGCUGAGGAGAGCCAAGGAUUGUGUAACAGGGAGAAGACUACCAGCGCACCAGCUCGUCUGCUCCUGUCAGUUUAUUUGAUGCUGGGCACCUUUUAAUUUUUAAGCCACAUGCUAUGAUGAUUAAUAAACUGAUUUAUUUUCUACCAUUAUUGAACAUUAGGACAAACAAAAAAUAAAAAAAAACAACACAAACAACGGUGCUGAUUCUGGUGUGAUUUUUACUCACCAAGUGAAUAUAAACUAUCAAUUGUAUAAAAAGAACAAAAUGAUUUUAGUAUAAAAUGCAGGAGAACCUUUUUUUAAAUUGUUAGUAUUGUAGUGUGAAUAAAUUUGCCAUCAACUUUUGUGUGAUGGCUUGGCAGGUCAUACAAUUUUUUUUGCAUCUAUCUUUUUAAAUACUGUAAUUAGUGCAGUAACCGUGGGUUUUUUUGUGCAACUCUUCUAAAACAUUCAUAAUGCGGUCAUGUUUAUUUUUUUCUGUUAAAAUGUUUUUGACAGUUUUAAGAGCAGUCUUUUGGCUCAGACCAUUUCUUGUUCUGUUUUCAAUGAAAUCAAUAAAAAAGUACUUUAAAUGA